GGAAUGCGGCGACACAGCAGCCGCUGCUAGUCGUGAGGCUCUAAAUUUGGAACCGUCCUUCCUUCUGAAUGUUUGAAAUCACCAGAAAGGUGCUUUGGGGUUUCUGAUUCUUACAUUGUGAUCGCCUGGCUAUUCAGCGGAUGCCUGCUCCCCCGUGCUGGCGGGUCUCUGACAGAAUCAUUCCCAAAUGCCCGGAAAUUCCUCAUUGGAUAACAGUGUUUUAAAGGGAGUUUUGUGAACAGCCUUUUAUCUUCAACCAGAAAGAAAGAUGUGGAAAGCGUCGGCAGGCCACGCGGUGUCUAUCGCCCAGGACGAUGGGGGAGCUGACGACUGGGAGACCGACCCCGAUUUUGUGAAUGAUGUGAGCGAGAAAGAACAGAGAUGGGGCGCCAAAACUGUGCAGGGCUCCGGGCACCAGGAGCACAUCAACAUACACAAGCUGAGGGAGAAUGUUUUCCAAGAACAUCAGACCCUCAAGGAGAAGGAACUUGAAACAGGACCAAAAGCCUCUCAUGGCUACGGAGGGAAGUUUGGUGUGGAACAAGACAGGAUGGAUAAGUCAGCUGUCGGCCAUGAGUACCAGUCAAAACUUUCCAAGCACUGCUCACAAGUUGACUCGGUGCGGGGCUUCGGAGGCAAGUUCGGCGUGCAGAUGGACAGAGUGGAUCAGUCUGCCGUGGGCUUCGAAUACCAGGGGAAGACCGAGAAGCACGCGUCCCAGAAAGACUACUCGAGUGGCUUUGGUGGUAAAUACGGCGUGCAGGCUGACCGUGUAGACAAGAGUGCUGUGGGCUUUGACUACCAGGGCAAGACGGAGAAGCAUGAAUCACAGAGAGAUUACUCUAAAGGUUUUGGUGGCAAAUACGGUAUUGACAAGGACAAAGUGGACAAGAGUGCCGUCGGCUUUGAGUAUCAGGGGAAGACUGAGAAGCACGAAUCCCAGAAAGACUAUGUGAAAGGGUUUGGAGGAAAAUUUGGUGUGCAAACAGACAGACAAGACAAAUGUGCCCUUGGCUGGGAUCACCAGGAGAAAUUACAGCUGCAUGAAUCCCAAAAAGAUUCGGAGGUGGUUAUUAGAGCCUGGACACAUAAUUGGAGCAGCGGGAGUCCCCAGCCUUACAGGGCAGGCCUAGGCUUUGAGCCCGCAGUGUUAGAAGCACACGGCAGCUCUCUGCCGUGGGAAGACUACUCCAAAGGAUUCGGGGGAAAAUACGGGGUGCAGAAGGAUCGGAUGGACAAGAACGCGUCGACCUUUGAGGAUGUCGCCAAGGUGUCCCCUGCUUACCAGAAGACAGUGCCUGUUGAAGCUGUGACCAGCAAAACCAGUAACAUCAGGGCGAACUUUGAAAACCUCGCUAAGGAGAAAGAACAGGAGGACAGACGGAAGGCAGAAGCCGAGCGAGCCCAGCGGAUGGCUAAGGAGAGGCAGGAGCAGGAAGAGGCCCGUAGGAAGCUGGAGGAGCAAGCCCGAGCCAAAGCGCACACGCCACCUGCGUCCCCUGCCCCCCAGCCGGCCGAGGAGAGGCGGCCUCCGAGCCCUGUCUAUGAGGACGCAGUUUCAUUCAAGGCAGAGCCGAGCUACAGAGGCCCUGAGAGCGGGAGGGAGCCGGAGCCGGAGCCUGUGUACAGCAUGGAGGCCGCCGACUAUCGGGAGGCUGGCAGCCCACAGGGCCUGGCCUACGCCCCAGAGGCCGUCUACGAAAGCACAGUGGCCCCUGGCCACUACCCAGAAGAGGAGAACGCCUACGACGAGUACGAGAACGACCUGGGCAUCACGGCCAUCGCCCUCUAUGACUACCAGGCCGCGGGCGACGACGAGAUCUCCUUUGACCCCGACGACAUCAUUACCAACAUAGAGAUGAUCGACGAUGGCUGGUGGCGCGGGGUGUGCAAGGGCAGGUACGGGCUCUUCCCGGCCAACUACGUGGAGCUGCGGCAGUAGGCGGCGCCCGCCAUCUCACCCUACACAUCGGCCUUCCUUGGGCCUCGGGCCUCGGUCCUCGGUCCUCGGUUGAUUGUUUUUUGUUUUUGUGGUUCUUUUUCUUUUCUUUUCUUUUGGUUUGUUUUAUUUUUGGAUGGUGGGGAGGGGAAUAUACAUAUUGCUUUUAUAUUUAAUACUUUUGCUGAUGCUUUUGAAAAUGUUUAUGCCACAGAAUUUGCUAAUAUAUUGUAAUCAUGUUCCUUAGGAGGACUUUGGUAAUUGUUUUUAUGCAUUUAAGGUAUUUCCUUUUUUGCCAAAUUGACUGUCACGUGCAGCCACUUCAGGGGCCUUUAGUUCUCAGUAGCGCGUGUCCUCGUGGGCAGCCGCGAUUGCCCAGGACGGACACGAGCUCUUCCAGGUCAGUGUCUGCGGCUGUCAGGCAGGAACGGCUGUCGGGUGAGGGGUCUCUGGGGUCCCUGUGUCUGGAGGAAGGGGCAGGGGCUGUGGGAGUUAGACUGGAGGUGCCCCGCCAGGGAGGAGAGGUAACCCUGCACAUGUCAUGCUGUGACAGCCCAGGGACCCCACCACUCUCCCGUUGCGGUGGCUCGGCUGGUCCUUGUCUCCACCCCACCCACCACCCGAGGCCCCAGUGGGGCUGCCGUGGGGCCUGUGCCCUGCCUCGCAGUGGCUCUGAGUCUUCACACACCCCUCCCUUGGCCACCUCCAGACCAUGGCCCACAGCGACAGGCUCUGGGGCCUUACUGGUGAGGUUGCAGCUCGUGCUGGGCUUGACUUGCUGGCACGAGGCUCAUAUCUGGACUGUCACUUGAACAGUCUCUGGGCAGCCUGGGAUGGCGUGUGUCCGUUGUGUGGCAAACUAGCCACACAGCUGUGGGAAGGCAGGUGCCUUCUGUGUUGUAAACUGCCAGAAACAUCCUUCCCAUCGAGGGGGUUGUGCUGUUUUUGCCAAAAUAUGUUCAAUUACUGUAAAAGUUGAUCAAUUGACAGCUAAAAAUAAGUGCAAAUGAGUGAGUGUUCCUACCCAGGGUGCCCCGUGGCAGUUCUGACACUGCUGUGCCUGGGCACUGAGGCCACUUGCUGCCGGGGAAACGCAUCUCCCUCCCAAGAAAUCAGGGGCUGGACCAAUCUGAUCAUGCACAGUCUGGUGGACAGUGUGUCUUUCCAAAAGAUCAUGUAGAAAUGUCUCAGGUAUUCGGGACAUUUAGUGAUUGUAAUGCACGUGUUUUCUUCCCUGAAGUGCAUUUCUGCAUAAUCCUUGCUUUACCACAAUUAGGUCAGGUUUUAUAUGCAACUUAUUGUAUCUGAAUUCCUGUAGCACACCUCAUAGAUAUGAUUUUUUUAAAUUAAAUACUCAGAAUAAACUUUUUUUUGAUCCACUUG